UUGUAUCCGUAAAGAUAUCGCCUACCAUCUCAAUAACAGUGCUUUGUGGAUACAUAUCCUCUGACGUAGCCUGAUCAAUUCUCUACUCACGGUUGAUUGCUGGGUUUUCAGGAAAAGUGUUCUGAACGGUUACCACUUAGGCUAGUAACUUCAAAUACAAUUAAACACUAUUCUCUUUUUUUUUACAUUGUUAUUCUUCUUGCGUUUACAAUCCAACGCAUUCGUUUCAGAGGCUCAGGAUGUAUCGUUAUGUAGGCUAUACACAGAGUUAUUUGUUGGUGAGCUGAGAAACUUCACUUGGUUUUAUUGCCCUUCACAGAAGAGACCCUAAACGCAUUCUUAUCACCACCGCCCUUCCCCCUAGCAAUCGGAAUUACCCGUUAAGAGCCAAGGCACGAUAAUUACCUUCAAGUCAUGUAAUGCUAAUUCAUACACGAUGUAAAACAUGGAAAGAAUGUGAAAAAUUCUUGCCCAGCAAAAACACAAGAACCAACAGAGCACGCGAGCUUUAUGAGAGCGCUACCACUACAUAAACAUCUGAUUUGGAUACAACCUACACUGAAUAUGUACACAGUGGCGAGGACAAACGAUACAUUAUCUUACAUAUUACAUUGUACUCUUUAUUGGCUUUCACAAUUUUCAAAUACGUGCGUGCGAACUACAUUGUCCUUGUGUGUAAGUGUGUUACACACACACACGUGCACUCACACGCACACACACACGCCAUGCCACAUAAGCAGGUAAAACAUAUGUAGAGGUAUCAAUUUAUUUAUCCCAUUUAUAAACUUACAUAAAAAAAAACUAAAAUGCCAAUUCAGUGACGGGAUUAUUCUGUUUCUGGACAGCAGUUUGAUAUUGCAGACAUAUACACGUCGCUUAUAUAUUUAUAGUGUCUUGUUUUCUUGCUCAGUGUGGAAUGUCCAACUAACUUAAUGCAUGCGUUGCUAUGCCCCACUAACUUAAUGCAUUCGUUUUCUGGCUGCAUUUUUAGAGCUAUAGCUGGUUAGCUAAAAGCUACAGUUUCCUUGCUCUCAAUUGGUGGAGAAUGGUCAGCUGACAUUGUCAUAUUGCCUCUCUCUGGAGCUAAGCGAUCAGCUAUAACACUCGGGUUUGUGAGUCUUACCGGAGAUUGGAAAUUAAUAAUAUUGAAACCUCAAGCAACCGUCUAUUUAUACAAGCAGCGAAAGGGUGAAAGGAAGGUUUUGCAAAGGUGUGUGAGCAGCCAGCAACAUAUCCAGAAUAAGGGAAAGGGAAAGGGGGAGCUACUGAGAGGGGAAAGUGGAGAAAAAAAGACUGAUUAAGAAGUGCGGAGAGUUGAAGAAGAAGGGUUGCAGACAAGGUAUGAAUUCGUAUUUCGCAAACCCGUCACUCUCCUGCCAUUUAUCCGGUGGUCAAGAUGUUUUGCCAAGCGUGCCACUAAAUUCCACCACUUAUGACACAGUGAGACAUUUUUCGUCGUAUGGGGCUGCUGUGACCCAGAAUCGGAUAUACGCAAAUCCUUUCUAUUCUCCCCAAGACAAUGUUGUUUUUGGGCCGAGCCGAGCAUCCUAUGAGUAUCAUGGAUCUAAUGUGUUUCUUCAAGACAAGGAUGGAGGUCUUGCCAGUUGCAGACAAACAACAAGCAUGGGACUGAAUGCACAAAACCACAUUGCUCAGGAGUACAGUUUGGAUCAAGCCAGAGGUGGAUCGCAGGAGCAGAAAGCUAACGUCCAGAUAUACCCGUGGAUGCAGCGAAUGAACUCUCACAGCGGAGUUGGGUAUGGGUCAGACAGACGCAGAGGACGCCAGAUAUACUCCCGUUACCAAACACUGGAACUAGAGAAGGAGUUCCAUUUCAACCGCUAUCUAACCAGACGUAGACGUAUCGAAAUAGCAAACGCCCUUUGUUUGACAGAACGUCAGAUCAAAAUUUGGUUCCAGAAUCGUCGCAUGAAAUGGAAGAAAGAGAGCAGCCUGACGUCGACGGUGACGGGAAGUGAAUCGACAGGGGCCACGGCGGAGAAGGAACGAGACGGCGUGGAAGAGGAGAAAGAGGAGGAAAAGAAAGAGAAAGAAUGAAAGACAUUUUAAAACGAAAUCAUGAAACUCCACUAAACUACCUAGCCAUUCAAAGACUACAAACUCCCCUGCAUGAUAUUAUUCUGCUAUUUGUCCCUCUCUCUCACAAACUCGUAGCCUUCGCGCGCGUAAAAACAUGCAAUAUUCUGCCAUUCGGAUCAUUUUAGGCUGGAAAAAGCAUAUAGUUAACUGAUAGCUGUUUACUUCUGGUGGCAUAAUGUCCUUUGCCAUAGUCAUGCUAUUUGUGUUGUGAAAUGUGAAACAUUCACCAUUUCCCUCCAGAAUUGUCCCAUUUACACUGUAAAAUAUAUCUUUCGGAUUACUUCAGUCAAUUCACAUAGGUCAGUGUUGGGGAUGGUUUACAAACACAAUAGGGCAUAAGCAUUCCAAAUGUGAAGGAAAUGCUCAGGCAUACUUAUUUCGUUUGUGUUAAUGUACUUGAAUCUUCACAUUCCCAUGAAUCCCAUCGCAAUAUGACUCCUGCAAAAUAUCCUGAAAGCUCUCACGGGGUGAACUACACUACCUAAAUUGUAGAUAUGCCUGUAUAUAUUCUAUGUAUUCCCAUAUAUACUCUGUGAGGGCUUUGUGUGCAUUAUGCUGCUUAAACGGAUGUUCUCUUAACGUUGCACUUACCACUUUUUGGCAUAAUAACCGUUUAUGGUUACCCAAGACUACCUAAUAAAAAGGGAGAAAUGAUACAAGAGGAAUCAAUCACGUUGUUUAAGGUUGUGAAUUUAUGUUUUGUGUAUCAUUGAAUAAAAUGUUUUCAAAACAGUUCCGUCCGUGU